UUAGGCACACCAUCUCCCCACCCUCCUCUCCCUCUCUCUCUCUUUCUCUCCCCCCUAUAAGUCAACAAAGUUACAAACUAUAUAGAAACCCUAAUAUAAUUUCGAGUCCCAAGAACAGCAACAAACACAGCAAGAAGAAGAGGAGGGAGAAUUAGGGUUCUUGGUAAAAAUGGGGAGGUCGCCUUGCUGCGAGAAAGAGCACACGAACAAAGGGGCGUGGACGAAGGAAGAAGACGAGCGUCUGAUAGCCUACAUCAAAGCAAACGGAGAAGGGUGUUGGCGUUCGCUGCCAAAAGCCGCCGGACUUCUCCGCUGCGGCAAGAGCUGCCGUCUCCGGUGGAUAAACUACCUUCGUCCCGACCUCAAACGAGGCAACUUCACCCCCGACGAAGACAGCCUCAUCAUCAAAUUCCAUAGCCUUCUCGGCAACAAGUGGUCUUUGAUAGCAGCGAGGUUACCGGGAAGGACAGAUAACGAGAUAAAAAACUAUUGGAAUACGCAUAUAAGAAGGAAGCUUUUAAGCAGAGGAAUCGAUCCCGCGACUCAUAAGCCGAUCAAUGAGGUCACAACUCCGCAAUCCAAGGACCAAACUGUAAAGAAUAUUUCUUUCGGUCCACAAUUUGAGAAAAAUAAAAAUUUAGGGCAAAAACAAAAUGGGCCAGUGUGCAAAGAAGAGAAAGUUGAGUACCCAAUUGAAGGAAGAUGCCCAGAUUUGAAUCUCGAGCUUAGGAUUAGUCCACCGUUUCAAGACCACUACGGCGAAAGCCAGAUGUUUGCCAGAGAGAAAUCUCCCUGCUUUGCGUGCCGUUUGGGGUUGAAAAACGUCAAGGAGUGUAGCUGCGAUACUGCAGCAUGGCAAACAAUGCUGAGCAACUCGAGCAGCAGUAGCGGCGACUCGAGCAGCAGUAGCACUGGUUAUGAUUUCUUGGGUUUGAACACAAGGAUUUUAGAUUUUAGAAACUUUGAAAUGAAAUUAGAAAAAUAGGAAAACAAUUUGUAGUAGGGAGAUAAUAUUAAACUUCAUCUCUUUUUUUUCUAUAUAAUCUUUCUGUUUUUAAUUUUUUACACUUUUUUUUAAAAUGUGAAGUGUAUU